ACUACAAAGUGAGUGGCGUCAAUCGGCUACAGUUAAUUCGCGCAAGAAAAGGAAUAAAAGAACUUUUCUGUACAAAAUUAGUCCUAUUAGAUUUUUACAAAGUGUGCAGAUCCACCAAGAACCCGACCGCCACCGCCAUGAAGUCUGAACGUGUGCCCGGGCCCGAGGCGAGUGAGGCGAGCGAGGCGCGCUCCGAGGCGCCGGCGCUGCCGGACGAGGUGCUGGCGCAGAUCUUCGGCCUGGUGACCGACGGCCCCACGCUGCUAGACGUGCUGCCUCUCGUGUGCCAGAGCUGGCGGCGCGUCGCCCGCCACCCGGCCUCCUGGGCCGGCGUCCGGUUCGUCAUCGACACCUCCGGGGCCUUCAAGCGGAUCAUGUUGCAGACCGACCGGGCGCGCACCCUGGCCCGCGCGCUCCUGCACGCCCCCGUGGCCGCGUCGCUGGAGGUGCUGGGCCCCUCCGACCCCGGCCCCCUGCUGCAGUCCGCCCUCCGCCGCAGCGGCGCCUCUGUCCGCGUCUUGGACUGCGCGUGUUACAGCGAACUCUUCUGGAAGCACGUGGCCCCCUUCCUGUACCGGCAGCGCGAACUCCGAGUGCUGCGGCUGCGCCUGCGCUGCCGCUCGCACCGAGCCACCUUCGAGGACAUGAUGACCGCCGAGAUCAAGGUGCCGCGGUGCGCGCGCGACAAGUACGACGGGGAGCUCGCCGGGCCGCACCCCAAGCUCCGGGAGCUGGUGCUGCAGGACCUGCGCGUCGAGCACCGCCUCCCCGAGCGCUUCGUCGCCGACCUGGUGCACGGCGCCGUGGCGCUCCGGCAGCUGGACCUGGACGUGCACCCCGUCGACGCGGACAUCUUCGAGACUCUGGAGCAGCCCGUCGUGGCCGUGGAGCACCUGUCGCUGGUCCUCAAGGCCAAGGGCCCGGACGCGUUCUGGGAGCUCCGGAAGAGCGCCGGCAGUGCGGUGGCGCUGUGCCGGUUGAUGGACCCCUGCCUCCAGUCCGUGACCCUCCACCUCCACCACCAGGUGUCGUCCGACCACCCCGGCGAUGACUGGUCGUUGUUUUGUAAAGGACUGUUUUCCGCCGUCGCCAGCGCGCUGCCAGACAUCAAGGUGACCAUCGAGGACUUGUGACUUGUGCGCCCACACCCACCAUACCAUGGCUCCUUCUCUGUGAUCGCUACCUGCUGCCCGGGUCCAACAGGUCCUGCAUCGCCCCAACGAGCGCCCUCUCAUUCCAUACAAAUUAGACAAGUUAGAUAAGACUCACGGCAGAUAGACUUCAUGCACGUGCACAAGUGGUACCUGCGCUUUUUCUGGGUUUUAGGUCUCAGUAUGACGUCUUUGUAAUUUAUAUAUAUCUAGUUAAGGAGUUUCUGACGUACGUUUAAUGUGAUACAUGCAAAAGAAGUAGUUGAUAAUGAAUGCCUCCUGUUUUAAAGUUUUAAAUGUUUUAAAGAUGAUCGCAAACGCCUUUUUAAAAUAAAUUUUUACAAGUAAAUUUUUGAUAGUAAAUACGUA